UCCAAGCUCGCAGCCUACGCGCCAACCCUUGCACGACUCAGCGCGCGCACCGGCGUGCCCCUUCCCUCCCUCCUCGCCUCCUUCCUCGUGCUGCAUGAGCUCACCGCGCUCGCUCCCCUCGUCAUCCUCUUCUACAUCUUCAGCGCGCUCGGCGCCGGCUCCGCCUUCCUCCACUACCUGCACAACAUGGCCAAGAAGACGACAGGCGAGGACGUCGAGGGUCCGUGGGCAAGCAUGGCGCACGUCACGCGCGGCUGGUACGAUGAGGGCAGUCGUCGCGUGGAAAAGGUCGGGCGCAAGUACGGGUUGUUCGGCUUCGAGAAGGGGAGCGCGGUGGAAGGCGGGCUCGGGAGAGAAGCCGCCGGCGCCGUCGCGGAUGCGGUCGCCGCCUAUGUUGUUGUCAAGGCUCUCAUGCCCCUCCGUGUCGCUGUGAGCGUCGGCGCUGCACCCGGCUUUGCGCGCCUCGUCUUCCGCCCCAUGCAGCGCCUCAUGACGCGGUUG